GCGGCGCUUUCCGGCGGGAGGCCUGAGGAGACGCCUCAGGGGAAAGAUGGCGGCGGCGUUGGCCUCCAUGGCGUCGUGUGGUGUGGGGGCGUUCGCGGCCGGGGCCCGCAGCCCGCAUUGGGGAGACCGCGGAGUCUCCACAGGGACCACCAUCAUGGCAGUGGAGUUUGACGGAGGGGUCGUAAUUGGUGCCGACUCGAGGACCACCACAGGGUCGUAUAUCGCCAACCGGGUGACGGACAAGCUGACACCCAUCCACGACCGGAUCUACUGCUGCCGCUCGGGCUCCGCGGCCGACACACAGGCCGUGGCGGACGCGGUCACCUACCAGCUGGGAUUCCACAGCAUCGAACUGGACGAGCCCCCCCUUGUGCACACGGCCGCCAGCCUCUUCAAGGAGAUGUGUUACCGCUACCGCGAGGACCUAAUGGCCGGGAUCAUCGUAGCGGGGUGGGACUCCCGGAAGGGGGGACAGGUGUACUCCGUCCCCAUGGGGGGGAUGAUGGUCCGGCAGCCGUUCUCCAUUGGUGGCUCCGGCAGCUCCUACAUCUACGGCUACGUGGACGCCUCCUACCAGCCGGGCAUGAGCAAAGAGGAGUGUCUCCACUUCACUGCCAACGCCUUGGCCCUGGCCAUGGAGCGGGACGGCUCCAGUGGGGGUGUCAUCCGCCUCGCCGCCAUUUCCGAGUCAGGGGUGGAGAGCCAGGUCAUCCUGGGCAACCAGCUGCCCCGCUUCUCUGCCGUCACCGCCCCCUGAGGGGACCCCCAGGACUCCGUCCCAGCCUCAAUAAACUAUUUGAAAACGCGUGUC